UUAUGUACCCAUGCAGCCAGGGACAGACUGACCAUUCGGGCACUGCUGAAGGGCCCAUUCUCAGUAGGGGGCCCCAUGACAGUUUCCAAUGGAAUCUACCUAUCAAUCAAAGGCCUGAGUGUGGGCGGGGACACAGGGGGCUCCAUGAUCUCCUAUUUUCCAGGGGGCCCAGUGAGUUGUCAGUCCGCCCUGCAUGCAGCAUUAUAUUUGAAUAGUGUAAGAAGCCUUAUUGCUGCCCAAACACUAGUAGUACAGCUUUU